AUGUUACAGGUAGAUGCCAGUGCAUCUUACAGGAUGAACCCGCUAGCUGCCCUCAACAUUGACCGCAACGCUGUGGGAGAAAACUACCGCCCCUUGGGAGGAGUCUUCUACCCCGGCAUCCACCCCCUCUCUGCAGAAAAGCCCCAGGAGGCUGGCUCUCUCCCGCUGGGCUACGAUCUCCUGUACAAGCCAGGUGUAACGCUCCUGGAUGGACAGAAAUCCGGAUAUGUUGGACUUUAUAAGACCCAGCCCCAGGGGUUACAGAAGCCCCAGGUGGUCCCUGCUGCAGGAGUUGACGGUUCAGGGAUGGACCGCCGAGUAUUGCCCAGCGAUAAGCAGUCAGACCUGGUCUUGACCGGCGCCGGCAGCUUCCUGAGGUUGCCGUGGAUCAGCCCUUACGCUGAUGCAACAAUGUACCCCUUCCUGGACAUGGCGUACAAGGCGUCCUUCCUUUCCCAGCCGUCCCCCUUCCUCCACCAACCGCUGGCGUAUCAAUCCUUGUGUGCGACAGGGGGCGGUGCACCUGGGGAGGAGAGACUUUACUACCUGCCUCAUUACGGCCAGGCGCAUAUUUCCCCCCCGAUGGGGUCUUUAAUCAGAAUCCCUACGGCAACUCCAGCCCCUUCUGUCCUUUCCCCUCUUCCUCACUCCCAGGAGAAGACAUUGGAAGGCCUCGGUCCUCAGGUUCACCAGGAAAAGUCGGCCUUUAGUCCCCAGAUCCACCAGGAGCCCCAGCCUCAAGCAAGCAAAGGAAGUAGUGGUGUUCCUGUCAGCAGUUCAGCUAGCACUUCUGCUGUAGAUUCACCCGCAGUUACACAUCCUCUGAGCUUAGUUUCCCCACCCCAACAGCUCAAAACCACCGCUACAGACCUCCAGAAGGCGCUUUACAGAAGCACCACCUCGUCCUCAGCCUCAGUGUCAGCGUCGCUCCCCUUUUUCACGGGCCAGGCCAAAGAAAAAAACUCCUCAAACCGCUCAAAUGCAGAGACGUGUUCAUCACCUGCCAAGACAUCACUGGACAGAACUGGACCUCAAAAACUUGCCAAAAACCCCGUGGACAUACCCUCGCAUCUGUCUGCCAAAGAGUUGGAAGCAUUCACAACUGGAUUCCCAUCCAAACUAGAUUCCAGGGCCAAGUUUUUACCACCAACUUGUUACGGGUUGCUAACCAGUAAGGACCAAAAACUUAAGCAGGGUCGAACCCUUCCUGUUACACCAGAAAAGACUCCAGAUCGUCCUGAAACGAUCGGCAGUGUACCCUCGAAUUGGGUUGUCCCGGGUCCUUUAUCUGCCGCUGACGGCUCGGACCACAGCAGAAGCUCCCAAAUUAUAAAGAAAAACAAGAGCUUAGAGAAUGUUUCUCACAAUCCACAGCCUCAAAACUCCCCUGGCUCCAAGACCGUCGAGGUAAGAAGCAUCCCUGCCUCCCAGGGAAGACCCUCCGCAUCGUGUCCUUCCCCAAAGGCCAAAGUCGAAUGGCAACGAGCGCCUCCUCCAGAUUUGGAGAAAGCCCAAAGACUAGAAGAGACUCGUCCCGGGAAACAGAGCAUCACUAAACCAGAACUUCACGAACUUCAUCCACUGCAGAAACAGCAGUCUCGUUUGGGGGGGACUGGAAACUCCUCCAGUGAUAUCUACGACUCCUACCUCCCUCCUGGUUUAGGGUACACCAACCGCUACAUCCCGUACUCCGUUGCUGAGAAUAUGUCCUUGCAACGCAUGACGACACCCGGCAAAGGACCCGUCUACACACACCCCGCCCUGCUCGGCAACAGCAGCUUUUACCAACCAAAACAUGGACUUCCUUAUAUUGGAGUCCAUCCCAACCAGGGGGACUUUAUGGCGUACCAGAACUCUCAAGGAAUGGCGCCUCCGUCUGUUUCCUCCCAUGCUAGUCUCAAGCAAAUUGAGACCCAAGACAAAACCUGGAACUUAGAUCUGAACCGGGACCAGGAUAGGCUGGAUGUUGACAGCUCCCAAAACAGGGACAAAGGGAGUGAAAAGUCCACAAACAAAACCAUCACAGCUUCAAGCAAAAGCCUCCCUUGUACCAGAGAGGAGGUCUGCAUCGAGCUGGUCCAGGAGGAGCCGGGUGAUGGUUUGUCCAUCACCAUGCACAGCUCCAGCUUCAGAGAUUCCUCUAGGCUUGGCGCCGAGAGCUGGAACCAAAUCCCAGACAGAGGUCCUCCGAAACCGCCUCCUGCCACCCAGGCUGCCGUGCAGAGACCAGACUUAAAGCCCAAGAACAGGAAUAACUGGAGCGACGACGUCCAGGAGGACACCCUCGAAAAGGAGGAGUCCCUGAGUCCGAUCCCAGACCUCCCCGAGGAGCAGACGAUGCGCUGCGCUCGGACGUCUCCACGGCAAUUUUCAAGAAAGUCUAAAACCGGAGUCUGUGGUGCUGAAGACUCGGAUCGGCCUCACGUCAACACAGACCCAGGACACAACCCGUUGGACAGUUGUUGGCGUGACAACGCCAAACCUAACUCCGUGGCAACCGAAGAGUUCACAAAGAGUUCAUCCUUUGGGGACAGAUGUUCAUCAGAAAGUCCCAAGUUGAAUCCCCGGGUCCCAGGACUUAUGAAGACCAGGUCCCUAGAGUGUGUUAGCAUCAACCCGAGAAGUCCCCCAUGCAACCGAGAUCUGAACGGAGACGAAGCGACGUCAAAGACCUCGGACAACACAGAUGUUAACCUUGAGAAAAACUACAAAAAUGGCAACCAAUCGGAUCCGUAUAUCCUUGAGAAGAACUACAAAAAUGGCAACAAAUCGGAUGCUUUUAACCUUGAGAAAAACUCCAAAAAUGAAAACCAAUCGGAUCCUUAUAACCUUGAGAAAAACUCCAAAAAUGGAAACCAAUCGGAUGCUUUAUGUCUCUCAGAAGGGCCGACGUUGAAUCCCCGGCCUCCAUUUUGUGUCGACUCUGACCCAAGCGGAGAUCCACCUCCAGUCAGCGGACAUUUUGUGGGUCCAUGUUGCAGAAACCUGAACCCCCUAACGUCUGAAUCUGGACCGACCCACGGCAACCCCAGAUGUCCAACUUCCAUGCGUCCAGACUGCGGAGACAGUCUCCGAGCGCCUGCGUGUGGAAGUUGUUGUCCAGAUUGCAGAAGUGCGCCCCCCAGAGGCGAGUCUCUGGGGUAUAAGAGAGACCGGGUCCUGACAUUUGGGGGCAGUUUUCAGCCCGUUUCACCUGGAAAUCCCACAAAUGGAGGCUUUAAUCUGCCGGAUCUGAGUCAAGACAACCGGAAAUGUGACGGUCUGUCCUCGGGGCUCGGCAGCGGAGACGUGGACAGAGACGAUGGGGACAACGUGGACUUUCCGGAGGGGGACGGGGACGGGUCUUGCUGCGGCAGAGACCGGCGCUGCGGCCUCACCAGACGCAUCGCCAACUCGUCCGGGUACGUAGGAGACCGCUUCAGAAGCACGAGCACGGAGCUGUUCUCCAGCAGGGAGCAGAAAGCACUGCAG